AGUUGAAUCCGAUCGUGGGAUUUCAGAGGUUUCUUUCUUUGCUUGCUCCCUCCAAGGCUCUCCCCACUCUCUUGCAAACAAUGGCCCGUUUCAAGGCGAAGCAACCAUCAUCGGGAGCCGCCGAGAAGAAGAAGCCUCGAAUGAGUAACGCCGAGAGGUCUGCUUACUUCUCGAGGAGGGAGGCGGCCAAGGUACUGCGAUCAGUUCUUCAAGGAGACGCUCAUCGACGAGCGGUAGCCACCAUAAAGUCCCUUGUUUAUAGCCCGUCUAUUAAGAACAAGAAGGCUACUUUCGCUCUCGUUUGUCAAACCCUCAAACAUCUUCCUAUCAUUAAGGAUGUGCUGGAGGGUGCUAACAUAUUGAAUAGUAGAUGGAAGAGGCAAGUGGAAUUGGUUUAUAUAAUCACUUAUGAUAUUCUUUUUGGUCAGGAAAUUUCAUUUGUUGGCGAUGCGGAGAAAUUUUUGCUACAGAGAAAAGUUUCUCUUCAGUCUGCUUUAGCUCGGCUUUUGGUGAGGAAAAAGAUGAAGUGCAUUGAAGAUUUGUUAGACCGUUACCAAACUCCUGAUGUUUCAAAACCACGAUAUGUUCGUGUCAACACACUUAAACUGGAUGUUGAUUCCGCCUUAAUUGACUUGAGGAAACAAUACAUGGUGGAGAAAGAUGACCUGGUCCCUGACUUGUUAAAGCUCCCACCAAAAUGUGAUCUUCAUGAUCACCCUUUGGUCAUGAAUGGAAGUGUGUUUAUGCAAGGGAAAGCAAGUUCUAUGGUGGCAGCAGCUCUUGAUCCUGAUCCAGGAUGGGAGGUUCUUGAUGCAUGUGCAGCUCCAGGGAAUAAAACUGUCCAUCUCGCUGCUCUUAUGAGAGGGAAAGGAAAGGUCAUAGCCUGUGAACUGAACAAGGAAAGGAUAAAACGUUUAGCAGACACUGUCAGACUAUCUGGCGCAUGUAAUAUUGAAGUUUUUCAUGGCGAUUUUUUAAGUUUAGACCCAAAAGAUCCCCCAUACUCCAAGGUCCGUGCCAUUCUUUUAGAUCCUUCCUGCUCUGGAUCUGGUACAGUUGCUGAGAGAUUGGACCAUCUGCUUCCAUCUCAUGCUGCAGGUCAAUCAGCAAAUGUUGAUGAAACAGAGAGACUUACCAAGCUGGCCUCCUUUCAAAAGAAAGUGCUAACACAUGCACUGUGCUUUCCACAAGUUGAGAGAAUAGUCUACAGCACUUGUUCCAUCCACCAAAUUGAAAAUGAAGAUGUUGUCAAGUCUAUUUUACCCCUUGCUGCAUCUCAUGGUUUUCGACUAGGAACACCUUUUCCCCAGUGGCACCGUCGUGGUCUUCCGGUUCUAGAAGGCUUUGAACAUUUGGUCCGGACUGACCCUGUUGAGGACAAAGAAGGCUUUUUCAUUGCUCUGUUUGUCAGGGAAGAAGGGUCCGUAAUCCACCCAUCGCUGAGCCCUGAUUCAUCUCAUCUGUCUCUUGUAAAGCGUACUAAAAGGAAAAAUCUUAGCAAGAAAGAGGCGAGAAUUAGAAUGCCAACCCUGUAUGGCGGAAUGUUUAAAAUGUUUUUAUAUUCUAAACCUAGUUUUAGGGUUAACCUGAAAUAACAACAUGCUAUUUGAUUUAAAUUUUUUUAAUCAACCCUGUUUUGUCAUGUUACCUCCCAAGUUUUAAUACAAUUUGCUGCGAGUCUUUCCCUUUCUUUUUUAGCCAUAAAUUUCUGCUUGGCAUGAGGAUUUCCAUUGACCAUUGUUAGCAAAAAACAUAUGUGAUUAAAACCAGAGAUGGAAAAUACAAGAAAAUACUAACAGUAAAAUCUGCAUUUCAUGAUUUCAACACAACACGACAUAGAACUCUGAUAUCAAACGUUUAACACACUCAGAAACCACCACGGCAAACGCUAGAAACUACUUACAGGGCUAACCCCCAACUUAUUUAAAGCCCCCAUUGACAAUUAACCGUAAAUCUAAAGCUGCUUCAAGCUAUUUUAACCUCGAUGGUCUUGGGUUUCUUAGGCUCAGGGGGUGGCAGUUUCUCCACAGUAACAGUUAAAACCCCGUCUUGACAGAUUGCAGAGAUGGCAUCAGUGUUAGCAUUCUCAGGCAACGCAAAUUUCCUCAUAAGCUUGCCGACCCGCCUCUCCAUUCUUACGUACUUGG